AUGGUGGCUGUGAGAGAACCGGGCCGGGUGGCACUGCCGGGGCUGGGGCAUGGGCCUUGGCUAGCUAUGUUACUGCUUGUCUCUUUGGUUGGGGUUGCACAAGGACAAAUCCAAUGGAUUCCGUUGCAGCUGGAAGAGGGGUUUGCUGCACGGGCAGGCUACAUGCAGCCCGAGUACGCCCUCGACGGUGAUCGCGUGUAUCUACGUGGUGAUAUCGAGAUUGUCGAUGCGACCAAAUCCGUCAUCACCAUUCUGACCGACCAUGCUCCUGAAGCUGCGCUGGCCUUCACCGCUCCGACUUCUGACACCAUUUAUUCACAUCGUGUGGAUGUUCGCGUGAGCGGACAAGUGGCCAUCACGGCUCAAGUCCCAGGAUCGACCUACUUCUCGCUCAAUCGCAUCAUCUAUUCGGUAGCGCCUCAAAACGGUGGAGAUAGUGUCAAUGGCAUGUUCCAGACAAUGUCCAUGGCCACAGACGCAUCAGCCAACGGCAACGGGUGGACGAUACCACAAUGCCGCUUGUCAACGGAUAACGUUGUCGAGUGUCGAGGCCUCGUUCGCCGCAACUCUCUUGGCACUUUGUUCACCUUGCCGGCAGGAAUGAGACCCGCCAUGGACCUGUCCUUUCCGACCGUAUCCCAUCAGUCAUACGAAACCUGUCGCAUCGACGUGUCUCCUUCUGGAGCUGUCUCUAAAGCUUCUCAGACCGGCAUCCUCUCAGGCUACGCCAGUCUGGAUGGUUCCAACUACGUGAAUAACGGUGGAUCAUGGUCCACGGUGGCUCUGACCCUGGAUCGGUUUGGUGUUUUGGUCUCUGGUUUGGCAAGGCGGUCCAGUGGCAACGUCGUCGGCGGGGAAACAAUUGCCAUUCUACCCGAGGGCUACCGCCCCUCCCGCCGAACCCUGAGUCAGGGCAUUGCUCACACCAGCGGCCAUGCCCGCACCUACAUCAUCAAUACCGACGGCAGUAUUGUGGCCUCCUCUUCAGCAGCCAGCAGUACCUACGCUGAGUUGGACGGCAUCUAUGUCUCACUUGAAAACCCCAUUGCCGCUGGAUCCAUGUCCCUUCCAACGUCUGCAGCCUGGACAGCUGCCGCGGAUGGUGGUGCCAGUCCACGCCUUUACGUGAUCCCGAUCACGGUGGGAGGCGUGUCUGUCUCGCGCAUUCGGUUGGAAGGUAGUCUGACGGUGGUUGAUGGAGCCUCGGCGGCAGAACAGCCAGACGUGGCCUACAUUCCUUCGGGCUAUCGGCCCCCGCUUCGAGUCGCUUAUAUGGCGGCUGGUGACUCGGGCUCUGGUCCAGAUUACAAUCGCAUCGACGUUCGGCUCGAGGGCCACGUGUAUGUGGCCGAGGACUCCACGACCACGACGUCGGCCCGCUUGGACAGCAUGGAAUUUUCUGCAAGCAACGUUGGGUGGACCAACGUAUCAACUUAUGCCGAUGGAUUUGUCGCGCAUGGUGGGAGCAACUGGGAGUACCCGAGCUACCUGGUGGCGGAUGAUGGCUGGGUGUACUUGCGCGGCUUGGCUCGAUGCUCGACAGGACCCAUUGCAGUCAACAUGCUCAUCAUGACGCUGCCUUCCAAUGCUCGACCGACCAAGGUGAUGACGUUUGCCACCAUUUCACACGACAACGAGGUGGCAAUCCAGCUGGAGAUCCAGCCUUCGGGGGCUGUCUACAGCCGUAGCAGCUCGUCUGAAGGAUAUGUGUCGCUGGAUGGAGCGUUUUUCCAAAACGGCGCCAAUGUCGAGUGGCACUCGCUCUUGGAUACGCUGCCUGCCAGCUUGCACGAAGUGUUUGUGGCGGCUGACACGACCAUGUACCAUGAGCCAGCCUAUGGGCUGCGUGGGGACACGGUGGUGCUGCGUGGCCGUGUGCGUCGGGCAACGACGGUGGACUCGGACAAGGCGGCCAUCCUGGGAUAUUUGCCAAGCAACAUGCGACCGGAAAGCACGAUGAGCUUUGCAGUCUCGUCCAUAUCGGGAGCGCGCAUGCACCAAAUCCUGGUGCUGACGACCGGGCAGGUAGUGUUGGAUACGGAGAAUGCAGACCCACUGAUCAGCUUGGAUGGGAUUGCGUUUCAGCGUUUGGUUGGGGAUGAAGUCUUUGGCAACUGGCGCAUGGGCGUUGUGAGCAACAACAACCUGGCCUUGCUGGCCACGAAUACGGCGGCCGGCGUGUUUACCGAGGAUCGCGUGCGGGUGACAAUCAACAACGGGGCUGCUGGUAGCGAGUGGUCUCAUGUGACGCCCAUGACACGCGGGGUGCGCCAGCUGGGCAAUUGGCGCAUUGGGCCGCACAACGCAGACCACUUUGUAAUUUCGCACACUUCCACCGACAACGGGGCAGGGUCACCCGCCAUGCUGUGGCGAAACGAUGGUGCUCUGUUUGCCAACCGUGCGGGCAAUUCAGACGGGCUCGUGACCCCACUGGAUGGGACCUCGGACUGCUAUCAAGCCGGGGACUGGGUGAUGGGCCCACAUCCUGAUAACGGCAACAUCUUUGUGAUUAACCGCCUGGGAUCCCUGCGAGUUUCAAUGGCCAUUUACAGCAACGGUGCGGUGUAUACAGCCAGCUUGGAGUUGGUGAAUGCAAGCUAUCUGGCAUCCAUCAAGCACGACAUUGAUGCAGGGCCGACCUAUUUCGGAACGUAUGACGGGACCUACGAUACCCUGGAGCUAGGCAGUUGGACGCUGGGAACGCGCAAUGCGUACAGCUUUAUCAUGAAUCCAAAGGGCGCCGUGCGCCCAGCGGCCGUUGUGACCAGCGACUACCGCUUCAUUACGGGGGCCUAUGCCAAUGCCGCGGCCAGCGGAGAUUUGUGCCACACGGCGGCCAGUGCGUCGGUUCUGCGACUAGGGGACUUUUUCUUUGGUCCAAAGAGCGAUACAUACUUUGUGAUCAACCAAGUCGGCGCAUCGGUUCCGCAGCUUGUGAUUUCAUCGGGUGGCACGUUUUAUCUGAGUGGUGGAGAUUUCAACAACCCAGCACCAGCGUCUUGGGCGUUGACGACAUCGGAUGCGGACGUGAUUCGAAUCGGAGACUGGUUGGUAGGACAGAAGAGUGCGGAUCACUUUGUCAUCAAUCGCAUUGGAGCAUCAUUGCCUCAGUUUCUGCUGCGCCAGGACGGUCACAUCUGGAUUGGCAGCAACGUGAUGACACCGCCGACGACGUUGAUGUUGGCGCCGGAGUACUGUGUCACAUCUGAUGAGCAGACGCUGGCAUCGCUGUCUCUGGACAGCGAAUGGCUGGUGGGUGUCAAGUCCGAGCAAUUUGUUGUGAGCCAUGCGCAUGCUGCAUACCCAAACCUGGUGCUGUCGGACAGCGAGGUGUUAUGGAAUAGCUGGGUGGCAGAGGCGUUGCCGGCAUAUGGACUGGCCACCGCGGACAGCGGCGUGAUUGCGGUUGGCGAGUGGCUGGUGGGUGUCAAGGAUGGGGCGUUUGUGAUCAACACAAAGACGCAAGCCGAGUUUUGGCCUCAGUUUGUGGCGUUGCGUGAUAUGACACUGCGGUUUGCGGGGGCCUCGUCACAAGCGGCGGUCUCGUAUAGUUUGGACGGCACGGCGACGAACAAGAUUGUCAUUGGUGACUGGCUCAUUGCCAGUGAUAGCGCAUCGACGCUGGUCAUUUUGCCGGCGGAUGCCAAGGCUCGGGGAAUUGGACCCACACUUAUGAUCCGGUCGGAUGGAGUCGUGUUUCGUGCAAGCACACACUCGUGGGCCAACCAGCAGUUUGCCUGUAGCCUGGUGCCCGAGUGUGAUGGGGAGGCGUACUACUCGUACGACAACGCGGGUGACCCCGUGACGUAUGAGGUGAAGGCGCCUAGUUCAACCAACGAUCGGGAGUGUACGAGCUGCUCCGUGUGCCCGAGUGGUCACUAUGUGACAGAAGCAUACCAGUUGCACUUCAACGAGCAACACGGUGUGCCAGGCAUGCACUGUGUGCGGUACUGGCCAAUAUCGGUUUGCGGCCUGUACAGCCACGACACAGACGGAGUGCCGCGCAACUCGGAAAACGAUGCGGCACAAGCAUGUACAGCUUGCAACGGAGUGGACGAGUACACGAGCGCGGCGGGUAACGUUGGUGCAUGUACGAGCAUGACCAACUGUGAAGCUGGGUCAUAUGUGGUGACGAUGGGGACGCCGAGUUCGGAUCGGGACUGCGGAGCCUGUGGAGCCAAUAGCUACUCGGACAAUAGCAAUCUGGGGGCUUGUAUAACGUGUUCGGAAUGUGGAGCGAACCAGUUUGUAUCGCGCAACUGCACCAGUCAGAUGGAUACAGCGUGCCAGAGCUGCUCGGUGUGCGAUGCAACGGGGCCAACGCCGAGAACGCUGGCUCGCGCAUGCAGCACUUAUAUCGACACGGCAUCAUGUGCAAGCUGCACGGUUUGCGAGGGAUCGCGAUACGCGCUGAGCGAGUGCACGGCGCGAGCCGACACGGUGUGCUCGGGUUGUCAAGUGUGUGAUGCAACUGCCAAUCCUCCACUAACGCUGCAGACGCAGUGCACGGCCACGGAGGAUUCGGUAUGCGAGGAGUGCAACACAUGCGAUAUCGGGGAGUGGCGGUCAAACGCCUGUACUUCGACGCGGCAGACGGAAUGCCAGAGUGUGAGCGUGUGCGCGGAAUAUCAGUUUGCGACGCGCGAGGCAACAGCGACGACGGACCGACUGUGUCAGAAUGCGACGAUUUGCACGCGCGGGCAGGAGGUGGAUGUCGCGUUGGGUACGGACACGGAUCGCAGCUGCCGACUGUGUGCACCGGGGAGCGUGGACGAAGAUAGCAAUGGCUUGACAGCUUGCGUGGCAUGUGGCCCUGGGACCUUUGUGCCCGAGGGUAGCUAUGGCCCGUGUGAGGCGUUUGUGUGUGCGGCCGGAACGACGGAUCACGACAACCAGUCAUCUACGGCGUGUGUGGCCUGUGUUGUGGGUGAAGGCUAUACGGCGGGGUCUGGUCAUAGUGGGGUGUGCACGGCCACGCAGAUGUGUGAGGCUGGGACAUAUGUGGCUAUGGCAGCCACGGUGACGAGCGAUCGCGUCUGCAGUGCGUGUGAGACGGGGUACACGACGGGCAGCAAUGCGGGAGCCUGCCAAGACUGGACGACGUGCAAGGCGACGCAGAUUAUCAAGGUCGAAGGCAAUGCCACGUCUGAUCGUGUGUGCGGUUGCGAGGUAUGUGUGUGUGUGUGUGUGUGUGUGUGUGUGUGUGUGUGUGUGUGUGUGUGUGUGUGUGUGUGUGUGUGUGUGUGUGUGUGUACGCUUAUGCUGGGACUGACGACUUUUGGUGGGCGACUGCAGGACAACUUUUACUACGCGGCCGAGAGUGACACUUGUGUUCAGUGCAACAGCAGCUGCCCUGUCAACAUGUACAUGGCCGCCGAGUGUCGUGUCAACCAGGACAUUUCAUGCUUGGAGGUGACACUGUGUCCGGCGGGCGCGGAGGAGGUGACUGGUCCUACUGCUAGCAGCGAUCGUGUUUGUUCGGCGUGCACGACUGGCACAUUCAAGGUGUUGGAGGACACGCGUGAGUUGACAGGGUCGUGUGUUGCCAAAAGCACAUGCGGGGACUAUGACUAUGAGUUGACGGGUGCCACGCGGACGAGCGACACGGUUUGUGCGCCGUUGUUGACAACGAACUUGGAGCUGCACCCUGGGGUUGAGCUGGACACGGUCGCGGAUGAGCAAGACUUUGUAGAUCGGAUUAUCCAGGCCGCGGGUACUGACGCCGGCAUCGAACGGGUUCUGCUGCUGAACGGACAACGACGAGCGACGACCUACACGUCCGCUGUAGCCCUGUUUCGCUCACGCACCAGGGCUAAUGCAUUUGAAGCACGCUUGCCGUUGUCUGUGGAGUUUCACUCGUCUACAGUCUCGGUAUACAGCGAGGGGCAGGCACCUGGCGGCUCGACGGCAGCUCCCUCGAGCUCCGUGGGCGCUGUACUGGGCGCAGUGGUGUUGGUUAUGCUAAGCAUCUUUGUGGUACAACGACGACGCAAGGCGCGCAAGUUGAAGGCGCGGGAUCGCGAUGUUGUGGCUUUUGAGAACGUGCUGUACGACAACACGAGCGAUAGCGUCGUCCACAAUCCCGUGUAUAAUCCCGACGAUGAGACUUCCGGCCUAUAUGCAGAACCGACGCAAGCUGGAGUCAUUGACGGGGAGUAUAUGGAGGCAGACACUCCCUUGGGGCCUGUCACCCGGCAAGAUGACCUCGAACCUGCAGCUACACAUGAAGCUGGAUAUUUGGAUGUGGGCGAGAACUUUGCGCAGGAUGGCUUCGGUGAGUUUGACAACGGUGAUGACUUUGAGGAACCGAUCGAUGAUAACGACGAGAUCGAUGAUAACGACGAGUGA